AUGGACAUGGCAAACAUAAAUUUUGAAAGCGGCUGGAAAAUAAUAAAAGAAGAGGCGAUUCAAAAGAUAGAAAAUUAUUUAGAAAAUGAGAACAUUGAAAACAAAAAGCAUCUGUUUAGCGCAAUGGAGUAUACGAGAUUGUAUACAGUUGUUUACAAUAUGUGUGCAAAAAAGAACCCAUUUUGCUAUUCGAAAGAAGUUUAUAGAAAAUAUGGAGAAAGCCUAUCCAUAUAUGCAGUUGAAAAAAUUAAGCCUUUAUUAAGGAAUAAAGAAGAUUUAACAAAAACCAAAAUUUUGAUAGUUGCAUGGUGUAAAUAUUCAUUUUAUACAAGUUGGAUGAAUAAAUUUUUACAAUACCUUGAUCGAUACUAUGUCGAAUAUAAUAGUUCUUUGUGUCUAAGUGCGUAUACAAAGAAUAUAUUCAAAAUAACAUUGUUUAACGAUUUAAGAGAUGUUAUUAGAAAAAUCGUUUACCAGAUUUAUGAUAAUUUGAGGAUACAAGAAAAUGAAGAAGAAAAAAAGCUACUCUGUGAUUUAGUCCAUUUAUAUAAAGAAUUAGAUGAAGACAGUAAUGAAAAAAUGUAUGAGCAUGACAUAGAAAAAAAGAUUCUAGAAAAUGUAGAAAAUUUUUAUAAAAAGGAAGGAGAUAUGUGGAUACAAAAUUUAACAUUUGAUGAGUACAUUAUAUCAAUUGAAAAUUCUAUAGAAAAAGAAUUUGAAAAAAAUAAAACCUUAAAUUUAAUUGAAGAAACAUGCGAAAAAGUAACAAAUAUUGUAGUGAGAAUAUUAAUAUAUGAAAAGUUAGAGCAACUAUUAAACAAUAAAAAAAAUAUAUUUGAUUUGUUAAAAAAUAAUAGCAUAAGAUGUUUAAGAAGAACUUACAUUUUAUUUUCUUAUUUCCCGGAAGCUAUAGAAGGAUUAAAAAAAAUGAUAGGGGAUUAUGUAAAAACGGAGGGAAAUAAUUUGAAAGAAAAAUAUAUACAAAAAUCAAGAGACAUUAGUAUCAACGCAAAAAAUGAUGAAGAUCUAUUUUACGGUUCAAAUAUAAAUAGUAAUAUUACACAACAAAAUUAUGAAUAUGCCCUGUGUACAUAUAUUGACGACUUAAUUAAAUUGCAUAAUCAUUAUGACAAUGUAUUUAAAUCAGCCUUUUUUACUAUAUCGAAUAAAUCAAUAGAUAAUAAUUUUAAGGAAUGUCUGAAAGAUUACUUUGAAAGUUUUGUAGAACACGACGAUGAACAUUUUAGCACAGUAAAAUUGUUAGUGUUGUACGCUGACAAUAUAUUAACAAAAGGGGAAUCUACAAAUGUUUCAUCUCAACAAGCGAAUAUUGAAACACAAUCAUGCAACGAAUUUGUUAGUGGCCAAGCGCAUGAUACUACGUGCAUCGGUAGCAAUGGGGAACUUGAUGAUACUGAAAAAAACAGUGAUUUAGCUAAUUUAAAGAAAAAGAUGACAGAGAUUGUAGAAAUAUUCAACUAUACAAGCAAUAAAGAAAGUUUUUUCGAAUACUACAGAAUUUAUCUAGCGAACAGAUUGAUUAAUAAUAUAUAUAUAUCCCUAGAUGCUGAAAAGAAAUUUAUCGAAAAUUUGUAUUAUUUGUGUGGAUCUCAAUAUACAUCCAAGUUGGUAGGCAUGAUUCAAGAUAUUGUAAAUAACAACACGAUGAAUAAUAAAUUUCUUGAAUUUGCCUAUACAAAAUAUGCACUAUGUAAAAAUGAAUAUAAUUCUAAAUGUAUAGAGGAUUUUUUCUCUGUGAAAAUAUUGAAUAAAGGUUUUUGGCCACCCUUAGAAAAGACUCCUAUGAAAUUAAAUGAUACUUUUAACAAAUAUAUAGAAUUAUUUGAAGAAUAUUAUAAAUCUGAUAAUAAAAAUAAAAAAUUGGAAUGGAUAUACGAAUUAAGUGAAGUUAUUUUAACAUGUGUUUUUCAAAAUUGUACCUACUACUUAUACUGCAAUAUUGUAAAUGCCCAAGUUCUUUUAUUAUUUAACAAGCAUAAUUUUAUUAAUUAUGAAAUUGUAAAAACAGAAUUGAACUUAGAUUUGAAAACAUUUACCAAUAACAUGUACUCCUGUAUACAUUAUUUUAAAAUUAUAUAUUCAAAUGAUCAAACAGUUGAUUGGAAUUCAUCGAAUUUUUUUAUAAAUCAAAAUUUUUCGUAUCCUCAUAACAAAGUUUACAUCAAAAAAGCUACUACUUUGCUGUCUAAGGAACAUGAAAAAGCCAAAGAAGACCGAACAAUGGCGAUAGAAGCCGCCAUAGUUCGUGUAAUGAAAACUCAUAAAAAAUUAUUUUAUGACCAAAUAUUUAAUUAUGUCAAAAAAUCCCUAUCCUGUUUCUCUCCCACUAACCAGAUUAUAGAGAAAAAAAUAGAUUUGCUAGUUGAAAGGGAAUAUAUUCAGAAGGAAGAAAAUAGCCAAUUGUAUGUAUAUAUACCGUAA